AUGAUGGCAGAAUACACCAAACUACAAAAAGUUUUACUCUUGAAAGCGGCGUUGUGCGCUUUCUACUUAACCGCGUUCUUCGGGGACCGAAUUGGAAUGCCGUCGUUCUCUGAGAAGUUUUUUGGUCAGAAGAAUAACGCCAUGCGAAAAUCUGCGAGCGAUUGGGGAGGUCUCGGUUUGUUCGUCAUGACGCUCGACUUGCUCUACGCGGCGUUGAAAUGUAGCAAAGCCGUGCAACAAAGAGUUUGCAACGGUCAAAUCAUGCAUAACAUGUUGAUGUUGGCCGUGCACGCGUGCUUCUCCUCCCAAAAAUUCGGCGGUAAGCUUGUUCACAAGGAACACGUCAUGGGCGGAUUCUUAACGCUCGCGUUAACAUUUGUGAUGAGCGCUGGGUUGGCGGGCGGCAUGGAACCUGCGAAAAGACACUUCUUAAAAGGUUGCAAAGGAUUGACUCACGGAUGCUUAAUCAUCUACUGGGCGUGCUUCUUCUUCUACAUCACGACCUUUCAAUUGGGCGAUUUCCCAUCGCAGAACUACAUCGCCUGCCAAGGCAGAGGAUUCUGCCGAGCUAAAGACUCCGUCUUUUACGACAUCAACGUGUUCACCUCGAGCAUGUGGUUCAUGGUCAACAUGAUGACCUACUUCAUGUUAAUGUCCGGCUCGGAUAACGAGCAAAAAUCCUUCGCUCUCUACCGCAUGGCGACCGUCGCCUUGUUGCAAAUCCCGCUCAUGAUGAGCGAAAAAGCCAUGACGGUGCCGAAAGAGUACACGAACGGCGUCGUGGCCAUGUCCAUCUGUCUCACCGCGUUGGCGUGCGCGGCGUUUUCCGAUAAGAUCAAGCCAAAGAAGGCGUAA